UCGAAGUAUUCACAAGUGUCGCGGAAAGAUCGAAUAUGCAGUACUCCUAUCUACUGGCAAUCUGUGUAAGCUUGCUGCUUCUAAAGCUGGAGGGAGCAGCUGCCACUUCUUUGUCCACCGAACCGACUCUGGAACUUUUGAAUGCGGCCAGGCAAAUAGGAUUGGAUGAAGUUGGCUUGCGAGAAAUGUGGAAUAGCCGGCAGCCGCUGGUUAUCAGAAAUCAAAACGAUGCUGGUCAGGUCACCUCUGUGACCUAUGAGCUAAGUCCGGAUCUCAGAUCGAUUUCAAGACGCACGGUCUCCGAGGGAAUACUGCCUGCCAGGCUAGAGGAUAAUUCCGGCUCUAAGCCCCAGCAAGAUUGGGAGUAUGUGCCAAGGGCCGGGCGUCAGUUCCGGCCCUUUGGAGAAUCUAACUUCGGGACAGGUAAUUUCGACACUAAGAUAUUUAGCUCGGAAUUUCCGAGAUUUCCGAACUGGGAGCUGCCAGCAGGAGUUACUCCGAAAGUUACAACCAAGACGGAAACGGAUAGCUUGGGACGCAAGGUGACCACCACAACCAGAACUUAUAGCGGCACUCUGGUCCCAGAAAGUAGUGUAUUCAAGCAGAUAUUCCCCGACAUCUCCAGAGAGCCUGGUCCAAUUAACACGGACUCAAGCCACCCAGCCGAAAAUCCUGACACCGCAGCCUUUUCCGCAUCUCGUACUGGACCUAUUGAUUUUAACUAUGUAUAUAAUUCCCGACCAUACCAAAAGGAACCCGCCUUUGUGCCAGUGAUUGACUCAACCACCACGCAGCGGACUUCAGUUCCCCUGCCCACCCUCGCAAUACCAAAAGACGACGGAUCAGAUCUAGUCAUAGAUGAUUAUUUGAAAAAAGUGGAUCUAACUGCCUCAGAAAUUGAGAACUCGAAUGGUGAAGUGGUCAAGACAAUUAUCGACAAGAACGGUAGAAUUCUAACUGCCAGAUUUGUUCUAAGCUCAGUCAAAGGAACUGGCGAAGGAUCUCAGCAGCAGAGGCCGACCAAGUAAAUAGCUCAUUAUAAAUAUUAAUAUAUGGAAAUUAUUGCAAUAUUUUUUAAACAAUGCUUAUAAACCCAUAGCGCAGUUUAAUAAAUAAGCUUAUCAGCCUGGGCUAAACCCAGAAAUUAUAAUAAAAGUUCUAAAUCAAUCUA